CCCAUGUGCCAACCUGCACCAGAGAUGUUGCUGAUUCUGGGGGGAGAGUGAGGAGUACCUCCUCUGCACUCUCCACUUCCACCCUGCCACCCUACUCCACACCGAGACAUGGUUUAGCCCAACCUGUCCAGCAGUCAAGAUGAUGGCCUCUGUGGUUGCCAAUGGAAACAGGAAGAAGUCACUGUCCCUGAAAGGGGUGGACCCAGAAACCUGCAUGAUCGUCUUCAGAAACCACUGGGCACAGGUGGUGAAGAUCUUGGAGAAACAUGAUCCUGUCCAUAGCCGGUCCGGUGUCUACCUUCGUCUCGGUCCUGUCCCCGGUGACGAGGCCAGCGCGGUACAGAACUACGUAGAACACAUGCUGUUCCUGUUGAUGGAGGAGGAAAGUUAA